AUGCAGUUCAAGAACGUCGCCCUUUUCGCCGCCGCGGCCGCUGCCCUCCCGACUGAACGACAGCUUGAGACUCCCUGCCCUGGUGACAAGUUCGGUCUCAUCGCCAUUCACUCAGGCUCUCCUGUGCAGAACACCGGCAUCACCGCCGCCAAGGGUAACCUUUUGAUUGGAGGAAAGAAUGAGGCCACCUGCGACACCAAGUCAGACGGCUUUGCAACCUUCGUCGUCAACGAUGGAGAGGCGUACUUGUACAGCACCGAUAACCCACCUCAACAACUCUACGUCGACCGCUCAGGGAUGGGCCAGGGCAAGACAGGCUACACGACUGGCGCGCAGCCUACCCCGAAGAAUGGUGAAAGAAAGGGGUGGUCGAUCAGCGACAAGGGGUACUUGGUCUUUGACGGCGAGUCACCAAAGGCUUGCCCAGCGAAGGACGGUGCAUACUCCAUUUGGUUCACGGAUCUUGAGAAGCCGGCGUACCAGGAUGGUUGUAUUGGUGUUGCUUUGAAGGCUAUCAAGUCUGAUAAGCCGAACAGCUGCACCUAUUCUUCCGACUAG